ACAGAGGAAAACCAGAAGCAACCGCAGCUCCUCCGCCAAGCUAAGACGCGAGCGAGUUAGGAAAGAUGCCGGCUGGUCAUGGUCUUCGUUCUCGCACCCGAGAUUCCUUCUCCAGGCCCUUCAGGAAGAGGGGUUACAUCCCACUGACUACCUACCUUCGUACCUUCAAGGUCGGUGACUACGUCGAUGUAAAGGUCAAUGGCGCCGUCCACAAGGGUAUGCCCCAUAAGUUCUACCACGGCCGCACCGGUCGCGUCUGGAAUGUCACCAAGCGCGCCGUUGGUGUUGAAAUGAACAAGCAGGUUGGGGGCAGAAUCAUCAGGAAAAGGAUCCAUGUUAGGAUUGAGCAUGUGAUUCCAUCAAGGUGCACUGAGGAACUCCGCCUCAGGAAGAAGAAAAAUGAUGAACUGAAGGCUGCAGCUAAGGCUAGAGGCGAAGUUAUCAGCACCAAGAGGCAGCCUGAGGGCCCUAAACCUGGUUUCAUGGUGGAGGGUGCAACUUUGGAAACUGUUACACCUAUUCCCUACGAUGUCACCAACGAUCUUAAGGGGGGAUAUUAGAUUCAGUUGUUCUCUAGGGUUCUUUUUUGUGUUUGGCUCUUUGUUGUUUGGAUUUAUCCAAUCUAAAACUUCAGCUCACUGGCUGAGCCUCUCUUAAAAUUAUGCAGUCUGUUUGGACUUGUUUCAGUUUUGAAUGGCACUUUGGAGGAUAUUGUCUGAGCCAGGAUUUGUUUUACAGAAGUUAUAUAUGUGCUUUCAUUGGAAUCUUCAAUUGCAUCAUAGUCUAGUGAACCAUGAUUGUAUAAUCAAGUCUGAAUUGGCUG